UCCGUAGGAUUUAUAUUAAGAUUUUGUAUAAACUACAAAGUGUAAUUCUGAUUGAACAAAGAAAUUGGAAUACGAAAUGGACUUUCGAACAAAGAAAUUGGAAUAGGAAAUAGAAAAAUUGUAAAACGUUUUAUCUGGACCUUCUCGGUGCCUACACGAAGGGAUCGAGUCCAAAGAAUAGAAAAGUAACAAAAACUGUUACAUUGUAUUUUUCCCCUCUUACUUUUAGUGACGAGAUUCACGCCAUCAGAAGAAAUUACAGCUUCAUAGCUAGUGAUGAAUUUGUGUGGCUCCAGGAUUUGACACGAGUCUUUGUCACAGCGUUUAUCGUUGGAACUGAAGUUUUGAGUUGAUGGCGAGGAUCAAACCACAAGCUCUGCUACAACAAAGCAAAAAGAAGAAGGGACCAGCUCGAAUAAGUGUUACAACAAUUAUACUAUCUAGUUUGAUUGUUGUUGUGACUGUGUUUUUUCUCUAUGCCACAUACAGACACUGGUCUCAAAGGUCACGGAUUCAAAUAGGGAACAAGCAAUCAGUUUUUGAGUUUUUGUUUUGUAGCUCUGAACUCUGUGUCCAGUAUCGAUAUAUCAUCCUUUUAGGACAAUUGAAGGCAGCUUUUCACUGUUCUUGUGCACAUGGUGACAACUCUUACAUGAAUUCGAAGAAAUCUGAUCUCCGUGGAUAUGCUAUUUUAGAUACUGCAAAAGGCUUAAUAACAGUGGAGCUCUUCAAGGACAGUUCUCCUGAAGUUGUUGAUCAAUUCCUUGAUUUAUGUCAUAGAGGGCAGUUCAAUGGAAUGCUUUUUCGCCAUGUGGUAAAGCACUAUGUGAUUCAGGCUGGGGAUAAUGAUAAGCUGGGAGCUGCAGAGGACUGGAAUUUAAAAGGAAAUCAUUACAGCCAACUUGAUACCAGUUUGAAGCAUGAAGUAUUCAUGCUUGGAACUUCUAAGGCAAAGCAUGAUAAUGAAGGAUUUGAGCUUUUCAUUACAACUGCACCCAUCCCAGAUCUAAAUGAGAAGCUUAUUGUCUUCGGGAAGGUCGUUAAGGGAGAGGAUGUUGUUCAGGAAAUCGAAGAGGUGGAUACAGAUGAGCAUUAUCGACCUAAAUCUUCUAUAGCGAUCAACCGUGUGACUCUGAAGCAAAGCAUCUAAACUCAAACACAAGCAAAGAAGUUUUCUACACUGCAUGUUCUGUCAUUACAAACAAAGUUUCAGCAACAUCAGUAAAAUGGGUCAGAAGAAUUAUUAUGAACUUCAUAUCUCAUUGGGGCUGGUAUUAUUCACGGUCUAUAGGCCAGCCAAGCUCCUCGGAAUAAGUCUCUGGUUCCACAUUUGGUUACCCUUUUUUACUAACCUACUGGCAUUUUCUUUUCUUUUUUUGGCAUUUGUUUUCAUGUCUGUUUUGAUAUUCUAAUGGACAUCGUAUUUGUACUUUGGUAUAAUCAAGUGGAUGAGAUGUAACUUACCUGUCCAAUAGAGAAAUCGAAAAGGUGCUUGUAAUUUCUGAGAAUGAUCUACCCUCAUAUUUUGGACCCCGAGGCCUAUGUCGUGGUGCUCAUUUUCAUAGCAAGUUUUUGGUCUGUGUAUGCAAAAUUUUCUUUGCAGCUUUCUGACAAUUAUCCCAAAGUUG